AUGGCGAUUAGAGGAAUCGUUGCUGUUUCGCCGAUUCUGGCGGUAGUAUUGCUCUUGCUGACGGUUAAUUUCGGCGAAGCUAUAUGGUUGACGAUUCCGCCGACUGGAGGGACAAAGUGCGUCUCCGAGGAGAUACAUAGCAACGUUGUCGUAUUGGCUGAUUAUUACGUCGUUGAUGAGCAUAAUCCUGACAACGCACCGGCUAUUUCGAUUAAGGUAACAUCUCCUUACGGGAACGAUCUUCAUAACCAAGAAAAUGUAACGCAUGGUCAGUUUGCGUUCACAACUAAAGAAACCGGAAACUACUUGGCUUGCUUCUGGGUUGAUUCCAGCCAUCCGCAACCCAAUCCUUUAACCCUCGGGAUUGAUUGGAAGAUUGGAAUCGCAGCCAAAGAUUGGGACUCUGUUGCUAAAAAGGAAAAGAUCGAGGGUGUUGAGCUUCAGUUAAGGAGACUUGACGGGUUAGUGCAGGCCAUUCGUGAGAACAUAAACUAUAUCAAAGACAGGGAAGCUGAGAUGCGAGAAGUGAGUGAAGGAACCAACUCAAAAGUGGCAUGGUUCAGUAUAAUGUCACUUGGGGUCUGCGUUUUGGUUGCGGGUACACAGAUAUGGUACCUGAAGAGGUAUUUCCACAAGAAGAAACUCAUCUAA